AUGGGGUCGCAGACGCUGCAGAUCCUCCGGCAGGGGGUGUGGGCCGCGCUCAGCGGGGGCUGGUACUACGACCCGCACCAGGCCACCUUCGUGAACGCGCUGCACCUCUACCUGUGGCUCUUUCUGCUCGGCCUGCCCUUCACCCUCUACAUGGCUCUUCCUUCUUCCAUGAUUAUCGUAGCAGUUUACUGUCCUGUGAUAGCCGCUGUUUUCGUUGUUCUGAAAAUGGUCAACUACCGACUCCACAGAGCCCUGGACGCCGGAGAAGUCAUAGAGAGGAACGCGCAUGAGUUCCCGGAUCAGCGAGCUAAGGCUGAGCAAGGCAACUGUUCAACCAGAAGAAAAGACAGUAAUGGACCGAGUGAUCCUGGUGGAGGGAUUGAAAUGUCUGAGUUCAUUCGAGAGGCCACACCUCCAGUUGGUUGCAGUUCAAGAAAUUCUUACGCUGGCCUAGAUCCAAGCAACCAGAUUGGAUCUGGUUCCUCUCGUCUUGGAACAGCAGCAACUAUUAAAGGAGAUACAGACACCGCUAAGACGUCUGAUGAUAUCAGUUUAAGUCUGGGCCAGAGCUCUAGUCUUUGUAAGGAAGGAAGUGAAGAACAAGAUCUGGCAACUGAUCGGAAGCUCUUCCGUCUGGUCUCCAAUGAUUCCUUCAUCUCCAUUCAGCCUUCCUUAUCCUCCUGUGGGCAGGACUUACCAAGGGACUUCAGUGACAAAGUGAGCUUGCCUAGUCACAGCCACCACCACCACAUCGAUCAGUCUCUGUCCAAUGCCUGUGAUACGGAAGUAGCUUCUCUCGUCCCUUUACAUUCACACUCUUACAGAAAAGAUCACCGGCCACGAGGGGUACCACGGACUUCUAGCUCUGCGGUGGCUUUCCCAGACACUUCCCUGAAUGACUUCCCCCUCUAUCAGCAAAGACGGGGCUUGGAUCCAGUUAGUGAGUUAGAAUCUUCCAAGCCUCAUUCUGGAUCCAAAGAAUCCUUGGUGGAAAAUUCUUGUUUGUCUGGGGAAUUUCAGCUUGUUGGUGAGCUGAAAAACAGUAAUUCUCAGCCACCUCCAAGAAGUGGGAAGAGCAAACCUUUGAAAGCAGACAAAAGCAUGGACAGCCUGAGGAGCCUGAGCACGCGGAGUAGCGGGUCAACAGAGAGCUACUGCAGUGGGACGGACCGUGACACCAACAGUACGGUCAGCAGCUACAAAAGUGAGCAGACCAGCUCAACUCACGUAGAGAGCAUCCUGUCGGAGCAUGAGGAGUCUCCUAGAGGAGGAAAGAAAGGUGGCAGGAAGAAAGAGGGCUGUGCUGACCCAGAGGACAAGAGUAGCUGUACCAGUGACAAAAGGACUAGCAGCGAGAAGACCGCCGUGGAAGUGAGUACCAACAGUGGGGUUCAAGAGCCCAAGGAGUCCAGUACCUCCGAUGACGUGCACAAUCAGAGAGGCCUCAGCACCUCUGCGUCGGAAGAAGCCAAUAAAAAUCCCCACGCGAACGAGUUUACAUCACAGGAGGACAGACCACUCGAGAAAACUGCCGAAGACAAAGAGGAGCAGAGUGAGAAGUCUGCUGUUCCAGGGGACACCAAAGUUGCUAAAGACAGUAGUGGAAAGCAAAAGGAAGGGGACGUACGGCCUAAAUCGUCGAGCUUGAUCCACCGGACAGCCUCUGCCCAUAAAUCAGGCCGGAGACGGACAGGGAAAAAACGAGCCAGCAGUUUCGAUUCAAGUCGGCACAGGGACUAUGUUUCCUUUCGAGGUGUUGCUGGCACAAAGCCACAUAGUGCUAUAUUCUGUCACGACGAGGACUCGAGUGACCAAAGUGACUUGAGCAGAGCGUCGAGUGUUCAGUCUGCCCACCAGUUCAGCAGCGAUAGCUCUUCUAGCACCACUUCUCAUUCGUGUCAGUCUCCUGAGGGCAGGUACAGUGCCCUAAAGACCAAACACGUCCCUAAAGAAAGGGGUGCUGACUCCGAGCACGCACACAAAGCCCACCUGGGUCCUGACGGGGCUGGCAAAAAGCGGACAGCACGUCGGACUUCCAGCACAAACAGUGCCAAGACUCGGGCCCGGGUGUUGAGCCUGGACAGUGGCACGGUGGCGUGUUUGAAUGACUCCAACAGGCUGAUGGCACCCGAAAGUAUAAAACCCUUAACCACUUCAAAAUCAGAUCUCGAGGCCAAAGAGGGAGAGGUGCUAGAUGAGCUAUCUUUAUUGGGCCGGGCUUCCCAGUUAGAGACGGUCACUCGGUCGAGGAAUAGCUUGCCAAGCCCGGUUGCGUUUCCUGAAGGCGAGGAGCAGGAUGCAGGCGGUGGAGCGGCACAGGCCAGCGAGGAGGCAGUGUCCUUUCGCCGCGAACGCAGCACAUUUAGGCGCCAGGCAGUUCGGCGCCGGCACAAUGCAGGGAGUAACCCUACCCCUCCUACAUUGCUCAUCGGAUCACCCCUAAGCCUUCAAGAUGGUCAGCAAGGCCCGCAGUCCACAGCCCAGGUCAAAGUCCAGUCCCGUCCCCCUUCCCAGGCUGCAGUGCUCAGUGCUAGUGCGUCCUUGCUGGUGAGAAAUGGGAGUAUCCACUUAGAAGCCUCACAUGACAAUGCAUCUGCUGUAGGCGGCAGCAGCUUGCACGAUGAACUUGGUAAGUUCUCUUCUACGCUUUAUGAGACUGGUGGCUGUGAUAUGUCACUUGUGAAUUUUGAACCAGCAGCAAGAAGAGCAUCCAAUAUCUGUGACACGGAUUCUCAUGUAUCCAGUUCUACCUCAGUUCGAUUUUAUCCACAUGAUGUGCUCUCUCUUCCGCAGAUUCGAUUGAACAGACUAUUGACCAUCGAUACAGAUUUGCUGGAGCAACAAGACAUCGAUCUAAGCCCUGACUUGGCAGCUACUUACGGUCCAACAGAAGAAGCUGCUCAAAAGGUCAAACACUAUUACCGCUUCUGGGUCUUACCCCAGCUGUGGAUCGGCAUUAACUUUGACAGACUCACACUUCUGGCCCUGUUUGAUAGAAAUCGUGAAAUUCUGGAAAAUGUGUUAGCUGUCAUCCUGGCUAUUCUUGUGGCUUUUUUGGGAUCUAUUCUUCUCAUACAAGGCUUCUUCAGAGAUAUCUGGGUCUUCCAGUUCUGCCUAGUGAUAGCCAGCUGUCAAUACUCACUACUUAAGAGUGUUCAACCAGAUUCUUCUUCUCCCAGACACGGCCAUAAUCGUAUCAUUGCCUACAGUAGACCAGUUUAUUUCUGUUUGUGUUGUGGUCUUAUUUGGCUCUUGGAUUAUGGUAGCAGAAACCUUACUACAACCAAGUUCAAAUUAUAUGGAAUAACUUUCACUAAUCCCCUGGUGUUUAUAUCAGCCAGGGAUUUAGUUAUAGUGUUUACACUCUGUUUCCCAAUAGUAUUUUUCAUUGGUCUCCUGCCUCAGGUGAAUACAUUUGUAAUGUACCUUUGUGAGCAACUGGAUAUUCAUAUCUUUGGUGGUAAUGCCGCUACAAGCUUGCUUGCGGCACUUUACAGUUUUAUCUGCAGCAUCGUGGCGGUUGCCUUACUGUACGGAUUGUGUUAUGGCGCUUUAAAGGAUUCCUGGGAUGGCCAGCAUAUUCCAGUACUUUUCUCCGUUUUUUGUGGUUUGUUAGUGGCAAUAUCGUAUCAUCUCAGCCGACAAAGCAGUGAUCCAUCUGUACUUUUCUCUUUGGUGCAAUCCAAGAUUUUUCCAAAAACAGAAGAGAAAAAUCCAGAAGACCCUCUGUCUGAAGUAAAAGAUCCACUGCCUGAAAAACUUAGAAAUUCUGUUAGUGAGCGUUUACAGUCUGACCUAGUAGUAUGCAUCGUAAUUGGUGUGCUGUAUUUUGCUAUUCAUGUAAGCACAGUGUUCACAGUGUUGCAGCCUGCUCUCAAGUAUGUGUUGUAUGCAUUGGUCGGCUUCGUGGGUUUUGUAACCCAUUAUGUGCUGCCUCAGCUUAGAAAACAGCUGCCAUGGCACUGCUUCUCCCACCCUCUGCUGAAGACAGUGGAGUACAACCAGUACGAAGUUCGGAAUGCAGCCACUAUGAUGUGGUUUGAGAAACUUCACGUGUGGCUUCUUUUUGUGGAGAAGAAUAUCAUCUAUCCAUUGAUUGUUCUCAAUGAACUCAGUAGCAGUGCAGAGACAAUUGCUAGUCCAAAAAAACUGGAUACAGAAUUAGGUGCUUUAAUGAUCACCAUUGCUGGUCUGAAGUUGCUACGGUCCUCUUUUAGCAGCCCUACAUAUCAGUAUGUUACAGUCAUCUUUACUGUGCUCUUUUUCAAAAUUGACUAUGAAGCAUUUUCAGAGACUAUGCUGUUGGAUCUCUUCUUCAUGUCCAUACUCUUCAACAAGCUUUGGGAACUCCUUUAUAAGUUGCAGUUUGUAUACACUUACAUUGCCCCCUGGCAAAUUACAUGGGGUUCUGCUUUCCAUGCUUUUGCUCAGCCCUUUGCCGUGCCCCAUUCAGCCAUGUUGUUUGUUCAGGCUGCUGUAUCUGCCUUUUUUUCUACUCCACUAAAUCCCUUUCUGGGAAGUGCAAUAUUCAUCACUUCAUAUGUUCGACCUGUGAAAUUCUGGGAGAGAGACUAUAACACAAAACGGGUGGAUCAUUCAAAUACCAGAUUGGCUUCCCAGCUUGAUAGAAAUCCAGGAUCAGAUGACAACAAUCUGAAUUCCAUCUUUUAUGAACAUUUAACCAGAUCCCUACAACACAGUCUCUGUGGUGAUUUGCUCCUAGGACGAUGGGGAAAUUACAGUACAGGCGACUGUUUCAUUCUUGCCUCUGACUACCUCAAUGCAUUAGUACACCUUAUAGAGAUAGGCAAUGGGUUGGUCACUUUCCAGCUGCGGGGACUUGAAUUCAGAGGUACUUACUGUCAACAACGGGAAGUGGAGGCCAUUACUGAAGGUGUUGAAGAAGAUGAAGGAUUUUGCUGUUGUGAACCUGGACAUAUUCCUCAUGUGCUUUCAUUUAAUGCUGCGUUUAGCCAGCGCUGGCUAGCUUGGGAAGUGAUCGUCACUAAGUAUAUUCUGGAAGGUUAUAGUAUCACUGACAACAGUGCUGCCUCUAUGCUCCAAGUCUUUGACCUUCGGAAAGUACUCACCACUUACUAUGUCAAGGGUAUCAUUUAUUAUGUUACAACUUCUUCUAAACUGGAGGAGUGGCUAGCCAAUGAGACAAUGCAGGAAGGACUACGUCUGUGUGCAGAUCGAAAUUAUGUUGAUGUGGACCCAACAUUUAACCCAAACAUCGAUGAAGACUAUGACCAUCGACUGGCUGGCAUAUCCAGAGAGAGUUUUUGUGUAAUUUACCUCAACUGGAUAGAGUACUGCUCUUCCCGAAGAGCAAAGCCACUGGAUGUAGACAAAGAUUCAUCCCUAGUGACUCUUUGUUACGGACUUUGUGUUCUGGGACGGAGAGCUCUGGGGACUGCAUCCCACCAUAUGUCCAGUAAUUUAGAGUCAUUCCUCUAUGGAUUGCAUGCCCUAUUUAAGGGAGAUUUCCGUAUUUCUUCAAUUCGAGAUGAAUGGAUCUUCGCUGACAUGGAAUUGCUAAGGAAAGUAGUCGUCCCGGGAAUCCGCAUGUCCAUUAAACUUCAUCAGGAUCAUUUCACUUCUCCAGAUGAGUAUGAUGACCCUACUGUGCUCUAUGAAGCCAUUGUGUCUCAUGAAAAGAACCUCGUAAUAGCCCAUGAAGGGGACCCUGCAUGGCGGAGUGCAGUCCUUGCCAACUCUCCCUCCCUUCUCGCUCUGCGGCAUGUCAUGGAUGACGGCACCAAUGAAUACAAGAUCAUCAUGCUCAACAGACGCUACCUGAGCUUCAGGGUCAUUAAGGUUAAUAAGGAAUGCGUCCGAGGUCUUUGGGCAGGACAACAGCAAGAGCUUGUUUUUCUACGUAACCGUAAUCCAGAAAGAGGUAGCAUCCAGAAUGCCAAACAAGCUCUGAGAAACAUGAUAAACUCAUCUUGUGACCAACCUAUUGGCUACCCAAUCUUUGUCUCACCCCUGACAACUUCUUACUCUGACAGCCAUGAGCAGCUUAAAGAAAUCCUUGGGGGACCUAUCAGUUUGGGAAAUAUCAGAAACUUCAUAGUGUCAACCUGGCACAGGUUAAGGAAAGGGUGUGGGGCCGGCUGUAACAGCGGUGGCAAUAUUGAAGAUUCUGACACUGGAGGCGGAAUGUCCUGCACUAGCAACAAUGCAGUGAGCGCCAGUGACCCCCACAGCACUGUGUCCCAGGGAAGCACUGGAAAUCCAGGGCAAGGGUCAGGAGCCGGGCUCCAUCCACCGGUCACAUCUUAUCCUCCAGCACUAGGCACUAGCCACAGCUCCCACUCCGUGCAGUCAAGCCUGGUCAGACAGUCCCCCGCUCGCGCCUCAGUGGCCAGCCAGUCUUCUUACUGCUACAGUAGCCGGCAUUCGUCCCUCCGGAUGUCCACCACGGGAUUUGUGCCUUGUCGGCGCUCUUCCACGAGUCAGAUAUCGCUUCGAAACUUACCGUCCUCCAUCCAGUCCCGCCUCUCCAUGGUGAACCAGAUGGAGCCUUCCAGUCAGAGCGGCAUGGCCUGUGUGCAGCAUGGCCUGCCUUCUUCCAGCAGCUCCAGCCAGAGCAUCCCAGCCUGCAAACAUCACACUCUCGUGGGCUUUCUUGGGACAGAGGGAGGUCAGAGCAGUGCCACUGACGUCCAGCCAGGCAACACCUUAAGUCCUGCCAAUAAUUCACACGGCAAAAGGGGGGAAGUGAUUUACAGAGUCCAAAUUGUAGAUCCCAGUCAAAUUCUGGAUGGGAUCAACCUGUCAAAAAGGAAGGAGCUGCAGUGGCCUGAUGAGGGUAUUCGGUUAAAAGCUGGGAGAAACAGCUGGAAAGACUGGAGUCCUCAGGAGGGCAUGGAAGGUCAUGUGAUUCACCGAUGGGUGCCUUGCAGCAGAGAUCCAGGUACUAGAUCCCACAUCGACAAGACAGUACUGCUGGUCCAGAUUGAUGAUAAAUAUGUGACUGUGAUAGAAACUGGGGUACUAGAACUUGGGGCUGAAGUGUGAGCCAGUGUCGGAUAACUACGGUUCUUUGCCCUCUCCAUUCCAAGUCGUUGGAAGAAGAGAGGAGAGCGUGGAAGAUGCCUGCAGGUAUCCCUUGGCUCUGGUAUGGGAGAGACGGGGACGGAGAGCGGGCUUGGUUCUGCGCCUCGCCGUCGUCCUUCACCCCGACUCCUGUCACUGUCUCCAUCCCCAAAUAAAGCUGAAAUAUUUUUUUAAGUUA